AUGCGUCUCAAUACCUCAAGCGCCUCGCUAUUUGCGCUAUCCUCUCUUUUCUGUUUCACGAGCGCAUUGCCAUUCUUUCACAAAAGAACAGUUCAAUUCGAACCUCUCGUCAAGAGGGCAUCAUAUUCUGUGGUCGCUGUAGAUGGUGGUUCGACUUCCACCGCAAAUGGGUCCCCAGCAGUGUCUCCAACAACCAUAAUAUCCACACUGAUCGAGACAAAAACCGCGGCUGCGAAGACCGUUGUGGAAACAGAUAGCGUUACACAACCAGCAGUCACCGACUACAUAGUCUCUACGAAAACGAUUGAGGGACCGGACCAUACAAACACUGUCCUUGUAACCCUCACGCCAUCUCCAAGCGCAACUACUGUCAUAUCGACGGGGUACUCAAUAAUUAAUGUCGAUUCGCCUCCCGUCACGGUCACAGUCCCAGCCUCAACUCCGAGUUCAUCAACAAGCUCUUCAUCGACGCCGGCUUCCAAAUCUUCGCAAAGCGACUCCAAAUCUGCGAUCAGUCCAACCUCCUCAACCACAUCUACAUCAACCACCAGCUCGCACACCUCUGCAUCUGCGACCUCGUCGGAAUCAACUGUCUCGACAUCUUCAUUUUCGUCGACAAUCAGCAGCAGCAGCAGCAGCAGCAGCAGUGGCAGCAGCUCCUCAAGCUCUGCUCUACAAACCCCUACUUCAACAAGUAGCUCUUCGAGCUCAAUUUCGCCCACAACCACAUCCUCUGCUACCGUUGAGACGACUUCGAGCUCGAUACUGAGCACCUCCAGCUAUAUCAGCACCUUCAGCUCAAGCUCUGUUACCUCCACAUCCUCAAAGUCGUACGAUGAUGGCCAGUGGCACACAAGCUAUGCCCCAUGUCGAAUUCGACCGCUACAGCGACUGUUGUCACACAGUCUUCUCAAACAACAUCAACGUUAA